AUGGUUGUCAAGGUUGGCAUCAACGGAUUUGGCCGUAUCGGCCGUAUCGUCUUCCGAAAUGCUGUCGAGCACGAGGAUAUCGAGAUCGUUGCCGUUAACGAUCCCUUCAUCGAGACUCACUACGCUGAAUACAUGCUGAAGUACGACUCGACUCACGGUAUCUUCAAGGGAACCGUCUCCCACGAGAGCGAUGGCCUCAUUGUCAACGGCAAGAAGGAGACUGGUGCUGAGUACAUCGUCGAGUCGACUGGUGUUUUCACCACCACUGAGAAGGCCAAGGCUCACUUGAAGGGUGGUGCCAAGAAGGUCGUCAUCUCUGCCCCCUCUGCCGAUGCCCCCAUGUACGUCAUUGGUGUGAACGAGAAGACCUACGACGGCAAGGCCGAUGUCAUCUCCAACGCCUCUUGCACAACCAACUGCCUUGCUCCCCUUGCCAAGGUCAUCCACGACAAGUUCACCAUCAUUGAGGGUCUCAUGACCACCGUUCACUCCUACACUGCCACACAGAAGACUGUCGACGGUCCCUCCAACAAGGACUGGCGAGGUGGCCGUACCGCUGCUCAGAACAUCAUUCCCAGCAGCACUGGUGCCGCCAAGGCCGUCGGUAAGGUCAUUCCCGACCUUAACGGCAAGCUUACCGGAAUGUCCAUGCGUGUUCCUACCUCCAACGUCUCUGUUGUCGACUUGACCAUCCGUAUCGAGAAGGGUGCCACCUACGACGAGAUCAAGGCCGCUAUCAAGGAGGCUGCUGAGGGUCCUCUCAAGGGCGUUCUGGCUUACACCGAGGACGAUGUCGUCUCUACUGACUUGAACGGCAACACCAACUCUUCCAUCUUCGAUGCCAAGGCCGGUAUCUCUCUAAACAAGAACUUCGUCAAGCUUGUCAGCUGGUAUGACAACGAGUGGGGUUACAGCCGACGUGUCCUUGAUCUCCUGUCCUACGUCGCCAAGGUUGACGCUGGCAAAUAA